CUGAGCGGGUGCGCAGGCGGCUUCCGGUGUUGGUGACGAGUAGUGGCCGAAACUUGGACGUCAGGGGACAUUCGGGCAGAAACCAUGGCGGACGGCGGCUCGGAGCGGGCUGAUGGACGCAUCGUGAAGAUGGAGGUGGACUACAGCGCCACCGUCGAUCAGCGUCUGCCCGAGUGCGAGAAGCUGGCCAAGGCUUCUGAUAUGGUGUCUACAUCCCGAAUCUUGGUUGCAGUAGUGAAGAUGUGCUAUGAGGCAAAAGAAUGGGAUUUACUAAAUGAAAAUAUUAUGCUUUUGUCAAAAAGGAGGAGUCAGUUAAAACAAGCUGUUGCAAAAAUGGUUCAGCAGUGCUGUACUUAUGUUGAAGAAAUCACAGACCUCCCAAUCAAACUUCGAUUGAUUGAUACUCUACGAAUGGUUACAGAAGGAAAGAUUUAUGUUGAAAUUGAGCGCGCUCGACUGACUAAAACAUUAGCAUCUAUAAAAGAGCAGAAUGGUGACGUGAAAGAGGCAGCCUCUAUCCUGCAGGAGCUCCAGGUGGAAACCUAUGGGUCAAUGGAAAAGAAAGAGCGAGUGGAGUUUAUUUUGGAGCAGAUGAGGCUCUGCCUAGCUGUGAAGGAUUACAUUCGCACACAAAUUAUCAGCAAGAAAAUUAACACCAAAUUUUUUCAAGAAGAAAAUACAGAGAAGUUAAAAUUGAAGUAUUAUAACUUAAUGAUUCAGCUGGAUCAGCAUGAAGGAUCUUAUUUGUCUAUUUGUAAACACUACAGAGCAAUUUAUGACACUCCCUGUAUACAGGCAGAAAGUGAAAAAUGGCAGCAGGCCCUGAAAAGUGUUGUUCUUUAUGUUAUCCUGGCUCCUUUUGACAAUGAACAGUCAGAUUUGGUUCACCGAAUAAGCGCUGACAAGAAAUUAGAAGAAAUUCCCAAGUACAAGGAUCUUUUAAAGCUUUUUACUACAAUGGAGUUGAUGCGUUGGACCACACUGGUUGAGGACUAUGGGAUGGAAUUAAGGAAAGGUUCCCGGGAGAGUCCAGCAACUGAUGUUUUUGCCUCUACAGAGGAAGGUGAAAAGAGGUGGAAAGACUUGAAGAACAGAGUUGUUGAACAUAAUAUUAGAAUAAUGGCCAAAUAUUAUACAAGGAUAACUAUGAAGAGAAUGGCACAGCUUCUGGACCUGUCUGUUGAUGAGUCAGAGGCUUUUCUCUCAAACCUCGUGGUUAACAAGACCAUCUUUGCAAAAGUAGACAGGUUGGCAGGAAUCAUCAACUUCCAGAGACCCAAGGAUCCAAAUAAUUUAUUAAAUGACUGGUCUCAGAAACUGAACUCAUUGAUGUCACUAGUUAACAAAACUACACAUCUCAUAGCCAAAGAGGAGAUGAUCCAUAAUCUACAAUAAGGACCUUCGUGUCCUUGAUGCUUUUAGAAAAGAGUGAAAAUUGAAUGUCAUUAAAAAAAAGACUAUUAUCGUGGUGUAUAUGUUGGGUUUUUUCUUCUAUUCUCAGUUCUUUUGCCUAAAAAAUUUAAAAGAUAGUGAAUAUGUGUUUGUUUGAAGCCCUUUUUGACCUUAAGUUCCCUUAUUUCAUUCAUUGUUUAACUUGAGUUGGAAGUUGUGCAAAAAUAUACCAUUUUUAUUCUCUGACUUGCAAAGUUAUGACUUACCCAAAUACGUUUUUCUACCAUUUGACACUUUUUUAAAGCUAUUAUUUGUUUUCAUUCAGCUAACAACCAUAAUUCUAAUAAAAGCAACAUGUGCACGUUUUACUUUCUAGGGUUGUUACCUCUGUUUCUGAACAUUUCACUGGGGUGGUAAGCGUGACGAGUGUUUUUUAACAUAAAUACCAUUGUAAAGCCUUCAGUAACUGCGUGGAAUAAAAAGCAACAUCAGAACAAGCCUGUUGGGCAUAGAGCGCUGAUUUGAGAAGGAUCUGUGGUUCAGCAGUGUG